CGAGGAAUUUCCAGUGGCUAAUGAAGUUGCUAAUUUUCUUGGGUCUUUCUCACGUUGUGCACACUGAACUUGUGUUUGUCGCUGGCUUAUGGACGCACGGGGAUGUAGCUCCAAGUUACAUCCCGUACCCAAACGAUUUGAAUGAUGAGCCAAGCUGGCCGAGAGGAUUUGGAGCACUUACAAAUGUAUGCUUUUCUCAUCAUAUCAUUCAAAGGAAUCAAAAAGAUGUACAACAUAGGCCAAUGGCUGAGAAAAAGAUACGUGGAGGACACCCAUUUUCUCUCACACGUCCAACUACCAAAUCAGGUGAGCAGUUACGCAGCGUAAACCGAGAUCCGCAACUACCAGAAAUUUGUGAAAGACAAUGUUCCGUCAAGUUUCAUCCCAAACUGACUACUAAACGCAUGCGCUUCAAAUCAGGCAGAGUUGUUGAAAAGAGGACAUUUAUCACCCUCUAAGC